AUGAUAUCCGCAGACGACGUUUUCCAAGAAUCUGAGCCCGUCGUCGUCGACUGCGACCUUCUCGAGGCUGCCAAAGAGAAUGUUCAGCCCCUCGCCACCGGUCGACGUGUGACGGCUCUUUCCACUGUUCUGGCGACCCCCGCCGCACAACGCGAUGCUAAAUUGUCGGCGACACGAAAUAGACUUCGAAUCAACGUCGAGCUAGCACUGGAAGAUGAAGACGGUGAUCCAUUGGAAGCUUACUGUCGUCUCGUGUACUGGACCAUGGAGAACUACCCUCAAGGUCACAGCGCAGAGUCGGGGCUGUUGGAACUGUUGGAAGAAGCCACUCGCGUUCUCAAAGACCACAACGGCGGGGUGUACCGUGGAGACAUGAAGUACCUCAAGUUAUGGCUGAUAUACGCCAGCUACGUGGAACGGCCCACCAUCAUUUAUCGGUUCCUGCUCGCCAAUGAUAUCGGAAUCGGGUUCGCGCUACUGUACGAAGAGCACGCAGCUGUUCUAGAAAGGGAUGGCCGGAAACAAGAGGCAGAUGAGAUUUAUGCUUUGGGUAUCGCUCGUAAAGCAGAACCCCUCGAUCACCUAGAAAGCCGGUAUCAAGAUUUCCAGAAGAGGAUGAUCUCGACCUUUACGGCGCCUGCCCCUGAACCCGCGAGGACGACCCAAGCUGCUCAGCCUAAACGUCAGGCGCUCGCUACGACGUCGAAGAUCCCCACCUCGACAUCGAGAACCGGCGGCACGCGAAUCGCGUCAUCGAGCCGAAAUACGACGGUAGCUGCUCCCACCAAUAUGCCACCACCCUCGAAUCGUGGGGGAUUCCAAAUCUUUGUGGAUCCUUCUGGUCAGAAUGGAGAAGCGCGUGAAGGAGGGGAGAAUGGGUGGCACGAUCUCGGAACACGUAAGACGAGGGUGAAGGAGAAUGUUCCGGAGACGAAGAAACUCGUUGGGACGACCAUCAAGCAGGCUGGGAAGACGAGGAGGGUGGUAUCGGCUUCGGCUGCUUCUGGUUCUGGGUCCGGCUCCUCGGGAAGCUCAGGCUCCAAGUUUGCGAUAUUCAGGGACCCAGUGGAUGCCCCAACCCCAACCCCACCAGCGCCUGCUGCGGCUUCAUCCUCGAGAAAGCCGUCGUCUAGCGGGAAGGCUACCAAGGCAUUUGUGCCUUUUGUUGAUGAGGCUGAUGUGAAAAAGCCAUCUCCUAUACCACCGGAGACUCCUCGUGCUGCGACGCCUAAGUUCACUCCCUUCCGUGACGAGGGUGAUGCUGAGUCAUCGCGGGCGACUGCAGUCCCAGUGGGCGAUGCAGUGAUCAAGGUCAAGAAGACAGGGCCCAAGGCUCCGGUGCCAACUUCUGAAGCAGAGGCGCUCAGAAAAGAUCCUCUGAAAAACUAUUCGACGAAUGAUACGUGA